UUAGUCGUGAGUGGGUGAACUUAUUGUCAGUGUUAACAUGGGGAGUAUUCAUGGUUUGUUUCUGGAAAAUUGGAGAUCCUUUCCCUAUACUUAGUACUCAGCAUGGAAUACUCUCCAUAGAACAAAGUAUUAGUCGUAUUGGGGUUAUUGGUGUGACUGUGAUGGCAGCUUUAUCAGGAUUUGGUGCUGUUAACUACCCAUAUACCUCAAUGAAUAUCUUCAUGCGUCCUGUCACAAAACAUGACAUUCAAGCACAGGAACGACGAUUACUUCAAACUAUUGAUGUCAUUGUAAAUAAAAAGAAAAGAAUUGCUUUAGCAGAGAAGGAGAGAAUCACUUCUAAGGUUGGAGAUGAAAGUGGCUCACGUUCCAGAAUUUGGGGUUUACUCCGGAGCGUGACAGCCAGCAGUCCUCAGGGAGAGAGUCUGUCAACCUUGAAACAAGAAGUAGCAGCUUUAGAGGAACUCUCCAGACAGCUAUUUUUGGAAUCUGUGGAACUGCAGAAUCAGAGGGAGAGACUUGAAUGGGCGAGUACAUUCCAAGGACGAUUUUUCAACUUUAUGGGCUAUUUUUUUUCCCUGUACUGCUCUUGGAAAAUAUUUAUAUCUCUGGUGAACAUUGUAUUUGACCGAGUGGGUAGAAAGGACCCUGUUACUAAAGGCAUGGAGAUUGCUGUUCACUGGUUGGGCUUUGAUAUUGAUGUGCAGUUCUGGUCCCAACAUAUUUCUUUCUUCCUUGUGGGCUGCAUUAUUCUCACAUCAAUAAGAGGAUUCAUCCUUACACUUACCAGGUUCUUCUAUGCAGUGUCUAGCAGCAAAUCUUCAAACAUCAUUGUACUUGUUCUGGCACAGCUGAUGGGAAUGUAUUUUGUAUCCAUGGUGAUGCUCAUGAGAAUGAACAUGCCACUUGAAUAUCGGACAAUCAUCACACAGGUGAGGCAGUAUUUUGUGAAAUAUAAUUUUUUAAAUUAA